AUGGUGAUGAAUAACAGUGUGACCGAAUUCAUUCUGUUUGGGCUGACACAAGAUGCUGAAAUGCAGAAGGUGAUAUUUGGGAUCUUCCUGAUCCUUUACCUCAUGACACUGUUGGGGAACUUUCUCAUCAUCGUGACCAUUAAAACAAGCCAGACCCUUGGGAGUCCCAUGUACUUUUUCCUCUUUUACUUAUCCUUUGCUGAUGCUUGUUUCUCUACAACCACGGCCCCCAGACUGAUUGUGGACGCCCUUUCUCAGAAGAAGACCAUUUCCUACAGCGAGUGCAUGACGCAGGUCUUUGCAGCCCACUUCUUCGGGUGCAUGGAGAUCUUUGUGCUCAUCCUCAUGGCCUUUGAUCGCUAUGCGGCCAUCUGUAAGCCUCUGCAGUACACGACCAUCAUGAGCCAGCGUGUCUGUGGUGUGCUGGUGACUCUGGCCUGGGUGGGAUCUUGCAUCCAUUCCUCAGCACAGAUUUUCCUGGCUUUGAGACUGCCUUUCUGUGGCCCCAAUGUGAUUGAUCACUAUUUCUGUGAUUUGCAGCCCUUGCUGAAACUUGCCUGCUCGGACACUUACGUGAUAAACUUGUUAGUUGUGUCUAACAGUGGGGCCAUCUGCAUGGUGAGUUUCCUAUUGCUGCUCGUCUCCUAUGCCGUUAUCCUGUACUCGCUGAGAAGCCACAGCUCAGAAGGAAGGCAAAGAGCCCUUUCCACAUGCACCUCCCACUUCAUUGUGGUUGUCAUAUUUUUUGGCCCCUGUAUAUUUAUAUACACACGACCUGCAACCAUAUUUCCAGUAGACAAGAUGGUGGCUGUGUUUUACACGAUUGGCACACCCUUGCUCAACCCUCUCAUCUACACACUGAGAAACGCAGAAGUGAAAAGUGCAAUGAAAAAGUUGUGGUGUAGUAUGACCUCAGUGGACACAUGA